AUGGAUUUCGCCAUGGGGGAUAAUCAGAACUCGGCUCCUGGAAGCGUUGCCGCUGCCAAGCUGAAUGCUUCGAGAAAAGGUGCCGACUCUCAGAGCGUCACCAAGAGGUUGCAGACAGAGCUUAUGCAGCUCAUGACAUCGCCUGCUCCCGGCGUUUCCGCUUUCCCCUCGGCCGACGGCAACCUGUUAUCGUGGACGGCCACCAUUGAAGGACCCGACGACACUCCAUAUGCCGGCUUGACGUUCAAGCUGAGCUUUGCGUUCCCUGCCAACUACCCAUAUGCGCCCCCUACCGUGCUGUUCAAGACACCCAUCUACCAUCCCAACGUCGACUUUUCUGGGCGCAUCUGUCUCGACAUUCUUAAGGACAAGUGGACAGCUGCCUACAACAUCCAGACUGUUCUGUUGAGUCUUCAAAGCUUGCUUGGCGAGCCCAACAACUCCUCCCCUCUGAAUGGUGAAGCUGCCGAGCUCUGGGACACCAACGCCGACGAGUUCAAGAAGAAGGUGCUAGGACGACACAGAGACAUUGACGAGGAGUAG